CCAGGACUGAAGGGAAAUUAAACCAUGUCAGAGUUCUGGCUGAUUUCUGCCCCAGGAGAUAAAACAAAUCUGCAGGCAUGGGAGAGAAUGAACACAGUGACAUCUAAAUCCAACCUGUCCAGCAACAGCAAAUUCCAUAUUCCAGACUUGAAGGUGGGGACACUGGAUGCUCUUGUUGGCCUGUCAGAUGAGUUGGGAAAACUUGAUAGCUUUGCUGAAAGUGUAAUAAAGAAAAUAGCCCAGUACAUUGGAGAAGUUAUGGAGGACUCAAAAGAUAAAGUCCAGGAAAAUCUUCUGGCCAAUGGAGGGCUAAAGGAUAAAAUGAAAUGUCUCAAAAUCGACCUAAUUAGCUACCUGACACGGUUUGAGUGGGACAUGGCCAAGUAUCCCAUAAAGCAGCCGCUGAAGAACAUAUCAGAAGCGCUCACAAAGCAAGUGACUCAGAUAGAAGCAGACCUAAAGACCAGAUCGGCUGCAUACAACAACAUUAAAGGAAAUCUGCAAAGCCUGGAGAAAAAAACUGUGGGGAACCUGCUGACCCGGACCCUGGCAGACAUUGUGCAGAAAGAGGACUUUGUUCUGAACUCUGAGUAUCUCAUCACGCUGCUUGUGGUGGUGCCAAAGUCAAGCUACGCGCAGUGGCAGAAGACGUACGAGUCCCUCUCCGACAUGGUAGUGCCUCGCUCCACCAAAAUGAUUGCUGAGGAUGCAGAGGGAGGACUCUUCACCGUGACCCUGUUUAGGAAAGUGAUGGAUGACUUCAAGGCCAAAGCCAGGGAGAACAGGUUCACCGUUCGAGAAUUUUAUUUUGAUGAGAAGGAACUGAAAUGUGAAAAGGAAGAGCUGAUGAAAUUAGCUUCUGAUAAGAAACAACAGUAUGGCCCACUGCUGCGCUGGCUGAAAGUGAACUUCAGUGAAGCAUUUGUGGCUUGGAUUCACGUGAAAGCCUUGAGAGUCUUUGUUGAAUCUGUGCUGAGGUAUGGCCUCCCUGUGAAUUUCCAAGCAAUGCUGCUGCAGCCAAAUAGGAAGUCUGUGAAACGCCUGAGAGAUGUCCUGAACGUGGUCUUCAAACACCUGGAUGAAGUUGCAGCAGCAAGCAUAAUGGAUCCUGGCAUGGACAUCCCUGGUUUACAACUGGGCAAUCAAGAAUACUAUCCUUAUGUCUAUUUCAAGAUUGACCUCAGUCUUCUUGACUAGCCUCAAAUUGCUCAAGCUUCAACUACUAAUUAUCAAGACCCUCAAUAUUACAGUAAGCAAUCUUUAGCUGCUGAAAGCCAACAUGCCCAUGCUGUUGCAGGAUAAUUGCAUUAAGAUCUUCCUACCACUUGCAGUAAUGCUUAGCGACUUCCACAUAAAGAUCUGUUGCUCAUAGUUUUACAGAAACAUCUUUCAGAGGCAGGAGGUACUAUGGUAGUGUUUAUUUUUGUGUGUUGCAAGUUACAAAGAUGGAAUAGCUGUUGGACUUGAAAUAAAACAAUUGUCAAAGGGUGGUGGCUAAUGGAUCCACUAGGUCUACACAGUCCUGUCUUUCUAACAAAGCAAACUUAAAUAGUAACUAAAAAAAGCAAACAACAAAAGCAGAAAGCAUCAGAGCAAAACCCAGUUUCAACUAAAAGAAAAGAAAAACUCAAAGAUCCUGAAAGUUGC